AUGUUAGGGCGAUUAUUCAAACAAAACAAUAACACAACACAGCCACACAACCCUCAUCAUCAACCUCCAAUACAAUCUUCGAGUAACCCAACCACUCCACCUGCUUUAACCAGUUCAUAUGAGGACUCUUAUACUCGAGAAAUACUUUACGGAACCCACAAUGCCAAUCAACUAAAACCUUACCAAUUCAACAGUAAGUUAUUUCGAAUAAUAAUAUCACAAGAUGGAGGAAAUUUGCGUACGAAGCAGGUUUUGUAUGAUAGUGCCAACGAUGAGAGCAAUAUUUACUCACCAACAAAAUCCCAAUCAUAUUCUUGCUUAAUGCAACACCAGCAACAACAACAACAACAACAACAAACUCAAGAUUUUUCAAAUUUCAAAAGGCCUGUUCUGCCUAAAACCAUGAAGUCAGGUAAAAUAUACCAUAACAUGUCUGAUUUGAAUGACUAUAUGUUUGGGUGUGGACUUCCAUCAAAUGAAAACCAUUCCGCCACCAAAUUACAUGUUUUGCCACCAUUAACCAAUUCUAUGUAUGAACCAUAUCCUGCAGUACUAAUAACCCGAUUAUUUUCCAUUAGUGAUGGUGAAUUUAUUGAUUCUUCAUUGUUUUCCAGCACAGAGACCAAGGAGUGGCAGCCAAACCCAGCAUUGGUAGUUAAAGAGUCGAGCAUACGGAAAGUUUCCUUGAAAGAUGAUACCUCGAAAAAUAAUAAUGUCAACAGUAGAUUUGCUAUUGGAAUAGUUAUCCCAUUGGAAUCGUUGGGUAGUUUGAUAGACAUAGUAUUUAACAAUUGGCAUGAAAUCAUCCAUUAUACUAUAAACUUGCAAAAAUUAAUUUACAAAAAAUUAUUGGUACAUUUAAACCAAGGCCUUACUUACGAUAGCACACAUAGUUAUACUGGGUGUCAAUAUUUAAUCAAUAAAAGAAUUCAAUUUCCCAAUUUUAUUUUACAACAUGAUAAUGAAAUUGGAGUUCAAAAACUCAAGUUGAUCAAAACUAUACAUUAUAACUAUAACGUCCCGAAACUCAUAAAUUCAAACACCCUAAUGAAAUCAUCAGUAACAAAAGAUUUGUUUCAAUAUAAUCCAAUGUUGGUUAAUUGGGUGUUGGAGUUGUUGAAUUGGCUAGAAUUUAAAGAUGGGAGAUACUCAGACCACUCAAAUUCCUUUUUAGGCAGUUUAUUUGCUAUAUUGACUCCCUUUAAAAAACUGCUCAGUUUGAAACCUUUUUAUAAUUCUAGUUGUGCAAAGAAAGAAGUAACAAGAGUGGUAGUAAUGACAGGUAACCCAGUAGUUGCGAGAAAACUUGUUUUCAUAUUGAAUGGAUUAAUACCGAAUCUGCAACCAGUCAAAAUCUCAGAAGUGGAUAAUCUAGUAGAAAAUAAUGCUAAUGGUGAAGAUCAUGCAGUCAAACCAAUAACAAUACAAAAACUGGGCCACGAUCAAAAAACUCAGAAUCAAGAUCAUUAUCAUGCAUUACCACCACAACCAGGUUCAUGCUCUAUAUCAGAAUCUUCUUCAAACAACUCAUUGACAAAAUCAACACCUUCAUUCAAAGGAUGGGAAAUCCCGAAUAAAGGAUCAACUUCAAUUACCAUGGACCCAUGUCAGGUAGAAACAACCUUAUCCUCGUCAUCUGCCACUGGUAUACCCAUCAGGGGAACUUCAUCCCCUGGUUCGUUAUCAAUGGCAUAUUUGUCGUCGUCUUUAAACUCGUCAUAUUCAUCUUCCAAUUAUUCAUUGAGUAAAUUGGGUGGUUCAUUUAUGGAAAAGUGGAAAAAUUCUUUUGGAAGUGUCAGUAGUACCAGUGGUGUGGCAUUGGGAGGAUCAGGAAUAGGAGGAACAACUUCUGGGGGUAUCAGUAACGGGUUUAACAACAGCGCUAAUGGCAGUGGCCAAAACCAUACAACAACAGCAGUUACCAAUGGAAGUUACUUUGAUGAUCUAUAUAAUUUUAGUAAGCGAACAUCGCCAUAUUCGUUGAGAACUCCGUCACCGGCAGUUGAAUUUGAUGAGUAUAAUUUUUCUUCAACAAAGCCAAUCAAUAUCGUCAAUAAUUCGCUUUCAAGUAAUUUCCAGCUGCAGCUUUCAAUGACUCCUAGUCGAUUAUCUAGAACUCAAUCAAUGUAUGAUUUAUAUGGUAACAAACCUGGAGGGAUGAUGAAUGUUAUGACAGAAGAAGAAGAUAUGUCAGAGGCUGAGGACAUACAUCAGAAAAGUGAAUCCAAUAGCAGCACCAAUAGCAACAAUAAUAAUGCAGUAACGGGUAUGCUGACAUUAGAACUCAAAAGAACCAAAACCAGUGUAAUUAUCCCAUUAAUUCAGGAUAAUAUGAUAAAGAACAUUUCCGAACAUAAUCAAAGUUUAAUCAAGGAGAAAUGUAAACUAAACAUGGAGCACAAACUAAAGAUGAAUAGAGUGGUUGAUGAUAACGUAUUGCAAGUUGAAUCGCCCUGCAUACGUAACGGCACCAGUCAUAACGAACAUAUCGUUUUCAAGAACAAAACCUUGAUUCCUGUGGUUGCAUUUAGUGAUGAGUUUAGACCAGAGUUUAACGUUCAGUCGUGUCCGAUAAACCCUAAAUUGGAACAACAAGUAAUGGCAGGGAUGAAGCAAGAUUUAUUGUUUUACCAGAAUAAUAGUAAUUAUGAUGAAAUCGUAUCACGGACGAUUUUCAUUAGUUUGCGUGCACGGGAGAUCAAAUUGAUUGAAAUGAAUAUCAACAAUAAAGACAAUAAAGCGUUUUCAUUACCCUCUUCACCUACGAAACAAAUGACCAAUAAUAAUGGAACUACCUCAACCACAACCAAUAAUACCUACAAGACGAAAAUCAAGAAGAUAUAUACCCCUACAAAGAACAAUGGUAAUAAAGAAUUGAUUAAUAAAAUCGAAAAAGCGUUUAGUGAAAUUGGGCAUCUAUUUGCUAUUCAGCAACAAUUAUACCAACAACAUAAUAAUAAUCCUAACAGAACAAACGAUAGUGGUUACAACAAUAGUGAGAUUACGAAAAGAGAAUUUCAUGAGAAAUUGUGUAAAUUGGUAUUACAAAUUAUAAAUUAG